AUGGCGCCCUCGGCGGUCCCCAGGGCCGUGGCCACCACCGCGCAGAAUGACUCAGAUGCUGCCAAACUCGCCGUCUGGAAGCAGGCCCUGUACGAGCGAGUCCAGGAGUCUGGUCGCGAGAACGACGCCUUCUCGCAGGACGACCUGAUCGAUCUCGGCGUCAUCCCCAAUGGCGACAAGAUGCUCCUCAUCCGGGUCGUCCAGGCCCUGAGCGACGACAAGCUCUUCGUGACUAUGCGCGAUGCCUCCAACAACAUACUGUGGAAGUGGCGUGAUGCUCAAGAGGCUCACAAAUACAAACAGUUGGACGACGAGCAGGCAAUGGUCUACUCCCUGAUCGACGACUCUGGAGGCGACGGCAUAUGGUCGCAGACCCUGCAGCGACGACUCAACAUGCACGACUCGGUCCUCAAGACGGCCCUCAAGCACCUGCAGACCAAGGGUCUGAUCGCGCCCUUCAAGAACGUCGAGCACCCCAACAAGAAGAUGUACAUCAAAGCGUCCAUCCAGCCGAGCGACCGCGCGACGGGAGGGCCCUGGUACACGGACCAGAAUCUGGACGAGGCCUUCAUCGAGGAUCUGCAGCGGGUCGUGUUCGACUAUGUGAAGAACCAGAGCAGCUACGUCAGCAAGCACAGCGGGGGCGCCCGAACCCAGACGCCGUCCAAGGGCGUGGUGAAGGGGAAUCCGGACCGGGGGAAGAAGCGCGACGCGAGGGAGAUGAACGAACCGCCGGCAAAGGCAGUCAAGACGUCUGCGGCCUCGACACCUCGAGAGGCGGUCCUGCUCCCCCUCCCCGCUGGUUAUACCGGGUACCCUACCGUCCGCGAUAUAGCCCGCCUGCUAUCCGCCAGCGGCAUAACAAAUAACACUAUCUUGUCCGAAUCGGAUGUGAAGAAGCUGGUCGACGUCCUCGUCUGGGAUAAUCUUCUUGAGCCAAUAAGGGUGGCCGGGAAGAUUGGAUACCGCGUCUCCAGGGUCUCGAAGCAGAGCACCGAUGUAUGGGCAGGGCGUGAGGACCCUACUGGUAGAGAGGGCCAACCUGAGUCGUACCUCAGUCCGUACACCGAAGCCCCAUGUGGCCGGUGUCCUGUAUUUGAUCUUUGUGAGGAAGGAGGGCCGGUAGGUCCCAGCAAUUGUGAAUACUUCAAAAAAUGGCUAGGGAUGGAAUAA